CCAUUGACUGGCAUUUACUAGAAACUGAGACCUUCCAGAGGCCUGGAGUUGUCAGAAUCUGGAAGUGAGCAGAAGCUGGUAUCUGCUAGAAGCUAGAAGCUGGGAUCUUCAACGGCCAGAAUAGACAACCAGAGGCCUGCAGCUGUCAGAAUCCAGUUUCAGGGUUAGGAGUACGACACUACCAAGCAGUGAUGACAUUUCUCUCUAUGGUGCUGUCCUACUCCAUGCGGGUCAGCCUGUCUGUAGGGAUUGUAGCCAUGACCGAUACUAAGGGAUCUGAUCCAGACAUCAUGGUAAAUGAUUGAGGUGUUGGAUUGGGAUUUCGCCCAAAAAGGUAUCAUUUUGAGCUCCUUCUACUGGGGGUACAUGGUCACCCAGAUUCCCGCUGGUCAUCUGUCUCGCAAGUUCGGCCCUAAAUAUCUUCUCCUUAGCGCAAUGCUGGUCUGCUCAGCUACCACUCUGCUGAGUCCUUCCAUCGCCGUGAACUGCCAUUGGGUCAUCUUCUGUCUCAGCCGAGUCAUUCAAGGCCUUUCACAGGGGUUCUUUUUCCCUUCUGUCAACACACACAUAGCCAAGUGGGCUCCGCCUGGUGAGAAGACCAGGAUAUUCUCAUUUGUGUUUGGAGGUACCCAGUUCGGGACAGUACUCAUCCUUCCCAUAGCCGGGUACCUGGCCGCCAGUCCGUGGGGCUGGCCCAGUAUCUUCUACUGUACCGGACUGUGCGGUGUAUUGUGGUCUGUGGUCUGGCUGUUUGUAGGCGCCGACUCUCCGGACUCCCACCCUUCCAUCAACGACAGAGAGCGGGAGUAUAUCAACUCUUCCCUGGUAGAAACCUCUUCGGAGAGCAAUACAAUGCCAACUCCUUGGAGGCAGAUCUUGACUUCCGGUCCUAUGUGGGCCUUGCUCAUAGCGUCCUUGUGUCAUGAAUGGGGAUAUUCAAUGCUGCUCAUAGAGGUGCCGAGCUAUCUCAGCCAUGUUUUCGGAUUUGACAUCAAACAAAAUGGACUAAUAUCGUCUCUUCCCUACAUAAUGAAGUUCUUAUUAAUGAUCGUGUUCUCUUGGAUCGCAGACUACGUCAUCAAGAGACGGCUUCUUUCUCUCAGUGUCUCCAGGAAGAUGUGGAGCGUUAUCGGUGACUGGGGAGAGGCGGCUGCUCUGUGGGGACUCGCUUGCGUUUCCACCAAUGUGCUCGCAGCUGUGAUAUUGAUCACGAUCACCGGAGCGCUCAACGCUGGUGUGUAUCCUGGGUUCUUCGCCAACUCACUGGACCUGGCUCCCAACUUUGCAGGGUUGCUGAUGGGGAUCGUCAAUGGCCUGUCCACUCUGUCUCCCAUCCUUGCUCCCAUUGUAACCGGGUACAUCGUGACGGACGAGACUGAUAGAGAGCAAUGGAUUAUUGUUUUCCACAUAUCUGCGGCGUUAUUUUUCACCGGAAGUUUGAUCUUCGUGGUGUUCGGCUCCACAGACACACAACCUUGGAACAAUCCAACAACAGAUGUAGUAGAAAUUAAGAACCUAAGUAUUACUGACACGAAUGUCAAAGACGCCAAAGUUAACGUUAUCCGGUCGUAAUCGUUGCAUUUAAUGUAAUAAACGCAUUUUUACUUUGAAAAA